CAAGAUGGCGGACGGCGGGGCAGCGCCCGCGCAGCCGGACGGGGAUGUGCCCGCCGCUCCGGCCGCCGCCGGCCGCAGGGAUCGGCAGCCCCGGAGCAGCGGCCGCCCGCCCAGCGCCCGGGAUUUGCAGCUGGCCUUGGCAGAGUUAUAUGAAGAUGAAGCUAAAAGACAGUCAUUGUGUUCUGACAAGCCAACAGCUACAAAGAUCAGUACCCCAAAGGUAUCACAGAGUCUUAAACUGGAUUCUCUUAAAAGGUUGAGAAAACCAGAGAGAAGCAUGAGUGAUGACAAAGAAAACCAAAGAUUUUAUUCAGGUGACUCAGAAUAUAGAGGAUUACAGAUUUCUGGGGCUUCUAAUAAUCCGAGUAAAAUUGUUGCUGAGCUCUUCAAGGAAGCAAAAGAACAUGGGGCUGUCCCAUUAGAUGAAGCCUCAAGAGCAUCUGGUGAUUUCAGUAAAGCCAAGUCAUUUUCUGGUGGUGGAUAUAGAUUGGGUGACUCAUCACAAAAGCACUCUGAAUACAUAUAUGGAGAAAAUCAGGAUGUUCAAAUUUUGCUGAAACUGUGGAGGAAUGGAUUCAGUUUAGACGAUGGCGAGUUGAGAUCCUAUUCAGAUCCAACAAAUGCUCAAUUUCUUGAGUCAGUUAAAAGAGGGGAAAUUCCUUUGGAACUGCAGCGACUUGUUCAUGGUGGCCAGGUAAAUUUGGAUAUGGAAGAUCACCAAGAACAGGAAUAUGUGAAGCCCAGACUGCGAUUCAAAGCUUUCAGUGGUGAAGGGCAAAAACUUGGAAGCCUUACACCUGAAAUAGUCAGCACACCUUCUUCCCCAGAGGAGGAGGAGAAAUCCAUUCUUAAUGAACCUGUUCUGAUUGAUGAUUCCAUGCCAGCAACUAAAAUUCAAAUUAGAUUAGCAGAUGGAAGCCGGUUAAUACAAAGAUUUAAUCAAACACACAGGAUUAAGCAUAUUCGAGAUUUCAUUAUCCAGUCCCGUCCAGCUUUUGCAACAACGGAUUUUGUUCUUGUGACUACCUUUCCAAAUAAAGAGCUAACAGAUGAAAGCUUGACACUACAAGAAGCAGAUAUACUUAACACUGUGAUUCUUCAGCAAUUAAAGUGAUCUUGUGAUUGUUGUACAACAUAGGGACCCUGCUCUACUGUCAUACAAUAUGUUUCCAACAGAUGAAAGAAAGGAGAUAUCAGUGUCUUUUUAUUUCCUCUUUUCCAGGGAUCAUAUUUUUGGAUUUCAUGUCUUCCAGCUGUAACAUAUCUAACUUUUUUAUUUUGAUUUCUCAAUAUUAUUCAGGUUACUUUCAGUGUUAAAAUUAAGGUUCUGUAUGUUAAUGUGUUUCAAACCACAUCUUAUACUAAAUGUGAAAUGAGAUAUGACUUUGUGACUCAUUUUUUUGAGGGGGUUGGGAAAAGGAGCAUUUUUCUGAAGGGGACAGUGUCUUUCAUAGAGUUGGUAAGAUUUGCACUAUGGAAAUGUUCUAUGCUGCAUUGACAAACAGCCAUUUGAAAACUUAGACUGUAGGUUAUGUUUACCUUGAAAACUGUAUUAAUAUUAAGAUGUUCUUUUAAUAGGUUUACAGAUAAUUAAUGCCCUAAUAUAAUUUUUGUACGUUCUAUUUGUAGUGUUUCAUGGUGUAGUAUAAUAUUUAUAUUCUAGUUUUUAUGUCAUUUUCCUUGUAUUGUUGCUGUGAAUGAGUUCAGGAGAUGCAAACCUCAGCUGUUGCACACUAUAAUAGAAUGUUCUUAUUUGUAUUCUAGUUGUACUACUUGUGAUGAAAAUAAAUAUGAAUUUUUUUCUUCUUGAAAGUUAGAGAAAUGUGAGAGACCACUGUCAUCUGGGGAAAUGAUGUGAUUUAGAGGAGGCCUCUGGUCAUCAUGAAUCUGAGUGUGCAGUUGGACCCUGUGCAACAGCAUGAUUUCUUACACAAACAGUUACUUAACCCCAAACAAAAAUACACUGAGGUGCACAAACACAGAACUGGACUAAUUUUGUGCAUGCAAGUGACAGCAUAAAUGUGUUAAUUGGUCACGUAUUUUUGACCUGAAUUUCAGUUGUUUAUAUUUGCAAUUUUGGCCAAAGGUAUUUUGUAGUAUUCACUGGGGAUUUGGUUGUGCAGCUUUCACAGUGCUUGUUUGGAAGCUGUAUAAUUAAACCCCUUCAUCUUUGAAAUUACAUAUUUUUUAAAAAAACUUGCCCCAACACUGCAGUAAGCAGGCAGGAGUCUUAUGCUGGGGGAAACUGGCUGCUGUGCUUUAGUAGUAUGCAGUUUUUUAGUAUUUUUGGACUUCUAUCAGAUGAGUGGAUCACACUCUGAAGGAGAAUAGGUGGCCUGUAUCUCUUGUACCAAUAUGUGCUAAAAAUUGUUGUUUUCCAUGUUUAUUUUGUUCUGAAAAUAUCAAUACUUUUUUAUUUAUGUUAAGGUUAUAAUUGCUUCGUGUAUUCUUACAUUUUUACCUCAAAGUAGAUAUUUGACUGAGUAGAUUUUAAACAUGCAGUUGUAUUUGAAGUCUUUUGUUUUGCAGUCUGAAUAUCUGCAUGAUUUUUAAUCAUAAUUCAUUUCAUGUGCUAAGUAAUUAAAGUUUUAUGUUUAAGAUCACA